AAACAGUUCAGUCGUCAGCUGACAAAUUGCCCAACAAUAAUAAAGAAAAGCGUCGUCAACGCCUCAGGUUUCUUUUGGCGGCAUAACGCAUCAGCGUUCGCCCCUCUCUGUACACUGUACUCACUCACUUGAGCCCACACUCCGUCCCAACUCCGAAUCCGUAUCCGCAACCGCAACCGCAUCUUCACCCCUUGCUUGCGCACCCGCAUCAUGGCCGCCGUUCCCGAGGAAGAGGAGUACAUCGUAGACCAGAUCUUGGACAAGCGGACCCGCAACGGCAAGGCCGAGUAUUUCUUGUCUUGGAAAGGCUACGGACCCGAUGAGAAUACCUGGGAGCCCAAAGAGAAUCUCGAUUGUCCGGAUCUGAUUAAGGCUUUUGAGGACAAGCUCAAGGCCAAAAAGGAUGGGGCCAAGAAGCGAAAGAGUGAGUCAAGUGGAGGGGCGGCGGGAGGUUCUACGAGUGGAGCGUCCACGCCCACGAAACGCCAUCCGGAAGAGGGCGUGAAGCCCCGAGGAUUUGAUCGAGGGCUUCAAGCUGAACGGAUCAUCGGGGCCACGGAUUCCUCGGGCGAACUCAUGUUUUUGGUCAAAUGGAAAGGAUCGGAUGAGGCGGACUUGGUACCUGCUCGACAAGCCAACAUGAAAUGUCCCCAGGUUGUGAUUCAAUUCUACGAGGAACGCCUCUCAUGGCACACCUCCUCUCAAGAUGAGGAUGAAUAAUGUGCUCAGAUUGUGCUCAGAAAUGAUUGGACCCAUGACUCGACCGAUAGUACCUUGCUUUGACGGGUGGUAUGGAAUCUGAAUGGAUGCUUGUAAAUGUAUUUCGAAUAUAAACCACUGCGACUUAGA